CUGGCUUGUCAUCGUUCUCGAAAUUUCUGUGGCCAGUGAACUCCCUCUUCCUCUCCCACUCAUCCUCUUUUCACCACUGCGGGGACUUUUUCUAAUUUGCAGUUUUCCUUUUCCUGACGUACACAUGGUAGAUACAAGCUGGUGGCUUACAGACUGCGUCUGUCUGGAGAUAGGCAGCGAGCCGAUGGAUAACAACACUCCGGGAGAAUGAUUAUGCAGCAGUUAUUUAAGGAUAGGCUUUUGUGGUAUGGCAGCAUAUGAGCUGGUAAUGAUUUUAUUUAAAAAAUGUCAGGUUUGUUUUCUUGUUGAGAAUUUGAAAGAGCUAUACCUUUAUGCUGAAGCUUUUUGGAUUUUGUCUGCUGUAGAUUAAAAUCGGUAGCAGUGCACACUGGGUGAAUUCAAAUGGAUAGAUUCUUCAGUGUAUAGUCUUGGACACCGUGCUGAUUGGAAUCUUCUUUUCAACGAUCAGAAAGGAACAGAGCGUUUCCCUUGUUCAACAACCAGACACAGCAUCCUAUCACCUGCUUACUCAGGCCAAGUGGUGAAGGCAAGGAGCCAUGGCCGAGGAUAGGAAAGACGAAGCCAAGGCACCGCACUGGACUUCAGGUCAGCUAACAGAGGCUUCUUCACACCCACAUUCACCUGAAAUUAAGGAUCAGGGUGGCGCAAGUGCCGGACUGGUCAGAAGUGCCAAUGGAUUUUCGUACCAAGAGGAUGAGGAGCUGAGGCUGGGCAGCCAUGAGCAGCCAGGGACAUAUGCUCAGACCAAAGAGAAUGGGAUCAACGGAGAGUUGUCAUCGGGGAACAGGGAGACUGCAGAAGAAGUGUCUGCGAGGAUAGUACAAGUAGUAACAGCUGAAGCUGUAGCAGUCCUGAAAGGUGAGCAGGAGAAAGAAGCCCAGCACAAAGAUCAGCCUGGAUCGCUGCCUUUAGCAGUUGAAGAGUCAGCCAACCUGCCUCCUUCCCCACCUCCUUCACCAGCUUCCGAGCAGACUGGAGUUCUGGAGGAAGAUUUAUUUGCAGCCACGAAGAUGGAAUUCCAUGUCCAGGAGGGCACACGCCCUUUUGCAGAAGAACCAUUAGACACAAAGCAACAUGACUCUGGGAAAGACAGUAAGACUGUUGAGCAACCUAAAUAUGAUGCCUUAGUUCCACAGUCAGCAAAAGCAGAGGCUGCAGAUAAAAAGGAUUCAGAGAGCAAAGACAAAGAAAAAAUCCUUUCAUAUCCAUCAGAAUGGAUCUUGAAAACUGAUUCACAGAAGAAAGGGGAAGCCAGUUUUGCAGAACCUGCUGCUAAGCCUCCUGCUCCUCAAGAACAAAAGCACUUGUCAUCUCAACUGCCUGAAGAGAGCAGGACGGAAGAAAGGACUGUAGGUAUGCCCUCAUCAACCAAUCAAGCUAUGGCUAUCAAAUUUCAAGACAACCUCAAAGAUGUCAAAGGUGGUGCCAUCAGCCAUGGUGAAAGUUCUCUAUUGCUACCAGAACCCAAGGCAGAAGCAGCCAAAAGUGAACUUCCUUCAGGCCCAUCUCUUGCUCUCCCGCAGGAGCUUUCACUCAAAGAUGGUUUCAAAACACACCAGGAACCCACUGACCAACUGUUUGCCAAAAAUCUCAGUAAAGAUGAGCAGAUCCACAAAGACAGGACAUUAUCUCUACAAGAAGUCUCAGCAGUAACUGUAGAUGGCUUGAAAACUCCAAGCACCCCAAAAAUCCCUCCAUGGGGGGAGGAAAAGGACAUGACUAAGGAUGAGAGCGAUGAGGAAGAAAGGUAUGACUUCUAUGAUAAAGGGGAGGCUCAAAUGUUAGAUAAUGGUAAAUUUACCGCAAAACCUGAAGUUAAGACAGGCUCCCUAGACAAAACAGACUUUCAAAAGGAUGGUGAAGCUAAAAAGUCACCUGAUACUCUCAAAGCAGAAAAAGAAAUGGACCAAAGUGAGCUCUCAGCAGCAGCAGAUGUGAAAAGGGAGACGCAGCAAAGCAUGCAGGUACCCCCAGCUAAGUUAAGCCAUGAACUGACCCUUGAUAAAACAGUAGAGCACCCUGAUAGCACUCAGUUAUCCAGAGUAACAGAGAAAGCUCCUGAGGUACCAGGUUUAACCACUGAGAAGACUCCUACUCUUGAAGCUUCUCAAGAGAAAGAUGUUAAAGAAGAUACUGCUAAGACAAGUGUUUCAGCUCCUCAUCAACUGAAAGAAGAGGAGGAUCAGUCAGGAAUGUCGAAGUAUUUUGAAACCUCUGCUCUGAAGGAGGAAGCAUUUAAAGCAGAUGGUCUGAAACAAAGCAGUGAUUACUAUGAGCUAAGUGACACUAAAGAGAGUAAAUAUGAGCCUUAUCAGAAAGGUCGUCUAAUACCUGAAUAUGAAGAGGAGGAGGAAGAGGAAGAAUUACAGACAGAAUUGAAUCAGCAGCAGAAUGUGCAUACUCGUGAAAUGGGGUACAGUACCCUGGCUCAGAGCUAUACACCAGACACAUCUGAAGAACCUAGUUCCCCAACAGAAAGAAUGUUCACUAUUGACCCCAAAGUCUAUGGGGAUAAGAGAGAACUUCACAGUAAAAACAAAGAUGACCUAACUCUGAGCAGGAGCUUGGGACUUGGGGGGAGAUCUGCAAUUGAACAGAGAAGUAUGUCUAUUAACUUGCCCAUGUCCUGCCUGGAUUCAAUAGCCCUAGGAUUUAGUUUUGGUCGUGCACAUGAUCUUUCUCCCCUCGCUUCAGAUAUUCUAACAAACACUAGUGGAAGUAUGGAUGAAGGUGAUGACUACUUGCCAGCAACCACACCAGCACUGGAGAAGGCCCCCUGCUUCCCCAUUGAGAGUAGAGAGGAAGAUAAGCACAUGGUAGAAGAAAAAGCCCAGCCUGAGACCUUGGCUGAGCCAUCUUUCCAGGCCAAAGAUUACUACAAAAAUGGGGCUGUCCUGGCUCCUGACCUGCCUGAAAUGUUAGAUUUGGCAGGGACAAGAUCUAGAUUAGCCUCUGUGAGUGCAGAUGCUGAGGCAGCACAGAAGAAGUCAGUUCCUUCUGACAGUAUUGUGGAAGACAGCAGCACAGCCCUGCCACCUGUAACAAAUGAAAACCACGUAAUUCUAAAAGCUGAAAGUCAGCUGGAAGACUUGGGCUACUGUGUUUUCAAUAAGUACACAGUACCACUCCCUUCUCCAGUUCAGGACAGUGAGAAUUUAACGAGUGAAACCUGUCCCUUCUAUGAAGGCACAGAUGAAAAACUGAGACGUGGCCUCACUCCUGACCUGUCUUUAAUAGAAGUGAAGCUGGCAGCUGCUGAAAAAUCAGAAGACUUCCUCAGUGAAAAAGACUUAGGUCAGCAUGGUGAGCCCAUUCUGGUGAGGGACUUUGAGCAGGAGAAAAAGGAGAAACUGGAUACUGUGCUAGAAAAAAGUGAAGAUCAAGUUGACUCUAAAGAGGUCUGUUCCAUUAAAGGGGUAGAACCAGAGAUGACAAGAGCUGAGGCAAUGUUAGAAAGGAAAGAAGAAAGUGUGGCUAGUAAAGUUCAUUUACCUGCCGAUACCAUGUAUGACAGAAUUUCUGCUUCAGAGAUAGCAAUAGAAAAGGAUUCUGUUUGUUUGUUGAUGGAGAAGGAGAAGGCUCUUAGUGUUGUUCCUGAAAUAGCUGAGAUAGAAGCUCCAGUUAAACCAGAUUACAAUGCUAUUAAGCAUGAUAUGGAGGUGGCUGCAAGGAGAGCUGACCAAGAAUAUCAGAAUAAGUUAGACGCUAAGAUUAGUGAGGUUGUUUCUCUUCCUUUAGGGAAGGACAAAGCCUCUCUUAAAAGAGCAGAGCCUGAACCCAAAGACACUCAGCAGAAAGACGAGACCACCUUCUCCAGAGAAGCAGAGGAUGCAGAUGUACUUUCCAGGACUGAGCCUAGUUAUGUGAAGGACAGCACCAAACUGUCAGAAACAGAAAUUAAGGAAAAAGUAGCUAAGCCAGAUCUGGUACACCAAGAAGCAGUUGAUAAAGAGGAGUCUUAUGAAUCUAGUGGAGAACAUGAUCAAGCCCAAGAAAGUUUGAAUGGAGAAUCUGUGAAACCAGAGGAUAUCAAAGCAGAACAUCCAAAACCUGCCAUGUCUGGGGAAGAGAUGCCUACACAGUUAGCAGCAAAGGGGACUUCUGUGGAACUCCUCUUUCCAAAAGCUGAGCCUCUUCAGGAGGAGCCUGCUGAGAUUCAGAUGGAGAGCAUACCACAACCUGUAGAGGAAGUUGAAGAGAUUCUUGAUAGAGCUGUGAAACCUAUGGAAACCCAAAAGCUGCUGCCAUGUGAGCUGGCAGCUGGAGCCCUGAAAGGGGAAGAAUAUGAGGAAGAAGAGGUGGAAGCCGGGCAAGAAGCAAAAGAAGAGGAUAAACAGCAUCUUGUAUCAGAAAUGCCCCCAGACUUUGGCAAGCCUGCUACUGAAGAAAUGGGAGCCAAGGGUAGCCCAGAAGCACUGCCUGAAUUGAAAGGCAUUAUUGAAUCAGUGGUGACAGUGGAGGAUGACUUUAUCACAGUGGUGCAGACAACAGUUGAUGAGGGUGAAUCUGCUUCUCACAGUGUGCGCUUUGCUGCUACUCAGCAGGAGGACAUCGAAACAGGAGAUUCCCAGGCUGAAGAGGACCUUGAUGUUGAAGAAGUGGAAGUUGAGCCGAAGGAAGGCUCCCGAGAGGCUCCUGCUUCACCCCAGAGAGAAGAAAUCCUGCUCACUAACUACAAAACGGAGACGUGUGAUGACUACAAAGAUGAAACAACAAUUGAUGACUCCAUCAUGGACACAGACAGUCUCUGGGCAGACACUCAAGAUGAUGAUAGGAGCAUCAUGACUGAACAGUUAGAGACUGUUCCUAAAGAGGAGAAAGCAGAGAGAGAAUUGCGAAGAUCAUCUCUUGAUAAGCAUAAAAAAGAGAAACCUUUUAAAACUGGGAGAGGUAGGAUUUCCACUCCUGAAAGGAAAAUAGCUAAAAAGGAACCUAGCACACUCUCCAGAGAUGAAGUGAGAAGGAAAAAAGCAGUGUAUAAGAAAGCUGAACUUGCUAAAAAAACUGAAGUUCAGGCCCACUCUCCCUCCAGGAAAAUCAUUUUAAAACCUGCUAUCAAAUAUACUAGACCAACUCAUCUCUCCUGUGUUAAACGGAAGCAGACAGCAGCAGGUGGUGAAACAAACCAGGCUCCUGCUGUAUUUAAACAAGCAAAGGAAAAGCUCUCAGAUGGAGUAAGCAAGAGCCCUGAGAAGCGUUCAUCUCUACCAAGACCUUCCUCUAUCCUUCCUCCUCGACGAGGUGUAUCAGGAGACCGAGACAGAGAGGAGAACUCCCUCUCGCUCACAACUUCUCUUUCCUCUUCAGUACGACGGACCACCCGAUCAGAGCCAAUUCGUAGCAGAACGGGGAAAAGUGGAACUUCUACCCCCACUACUCCUGGCUCCACUGCCAUCACUCCAGGGACACCACCAAGCUAUGCCUCUCGUACCCCAGGCACUCCAGGGACACCCAGUUACUCCAGAACUCCCCACACUCCUGGGACCCCCAAAUCUGCAAUACUGGUACCUACUGAGAAAAAAGUUGCCAUAAUUCGCACUCCUCCUAAAUCUCCAGCCACUCCAAAGCAGCUACGAGUUAUUAAUCAGCCUCUACCUGACCUCAAGAAUGUCAGGUCCAAAAUUGGGUCAACGGAUAAUAUCAAAUACCAGCCUAAAGGAGGGCAGGUUAGGAUUUUAAACAAGAAGAUCGAUUUUAGUGGUAUUCAGUCCCGGUGUGGUUCCAGAGAUAACAUCAAACAUUCUGCAGGGGGAGGAAAUGUACAGAUUGUAACCAAGAAGAUCGACUUGAGUCAUGUGACUUCCAAGUGUGGCUCGCUGAAGAAUAUUCACCACAAACCAGGAGGUGGGCGUGUGAAAAUUGAGAGUGUGAAACUGGAUUUCAAAGAAAAAGCUCAGGCUAAAGUUGGUUCACUGGAAAAUGCCCACCAUGUACCUGGUGGUGGUAACAUCAAGAUUGACAGCCAGAAGCUAAACUUCAGAGAGCAUGCUAAGGCCCGUGUUGAUCAUGGGGCUGAGAUCAUCACGCAGUCACCGGGCAGGUCCAGCAUGGCCUCACCACGCAGACUCAGCAACGUCUCGUCCUCUGGAAGCAUCAACCUGCUUGAAUCGCCCCAGCUUGCAACCCUCGCUGAAGAUGUCACGGCAGCCCUUGCCAAGCAGGGGUUAUGAAUUUGCUCAUUUUGCGUUGUAUGAAGUAAUAAUGUUUAGGCAUGAGCUCUUGGCAGGAAUGGGCUCAGAGCAGGUGUUACAUUCGUUCUUUACCAUGUCUAAAACUAAGUUACAUCCCAAGACUUGUAGUUACCAUACAGUUAAAAAAAACAGAAAAAAAAAUUCCAUAGAUGCAGUAAUUGGCCUGACCUCCAUUUACAACAGGAAGACACUGGCUUUAUAUGGAUAUACAGCAGUAUGUUACAUUGGACAAUUAUUGUUGCUCUGCUCUGUCUUGCAUGGAGUACUGUACUAUGAUAAAAUGCAUUUUUACCUUUCAUGUGCCUGAAGGCCAUCCACCUACUUCUGAAGAGCCUUGUUAAUAUCCCAAGUUGCUCAUUUCACAAUUCUUUUGAUAGAUGGUGAAAUAAAAAAGAAAAGUUGCCCAUUGUAAGUUAUUGAAGGUUAAAUUAGGCAGUUUGCUUAACAGAAGGAAGGGCAUAUAGGGAAAUUCAACUUUUAAUUUAAAAAAAAAAUGUUACUUUGUAUAAAUGAGUAGAACAAAAGUUGAAUUAAGUUAUUAACUUUUUUUGAACAUGGUUAAUUAUGUCAUUGUAUAGCCGAAAAGCCAAUAAAUUAUUUAACUAAUAACUAAAAAUACUAGCUGAAAACAUUUGAAUCAUGCUUUGGGAAGUGACGUAAAAAGCUGCUGAAAGCAAGCACUCAUACCCCAACAGACUUGUGUCUGAUUAGGAAGGUUGGUUAAGCAGCUAGAUUUGUGUGCAUACCACCAGUUUCACAUCCUUUCCAUCCGUUUGAUACAGUAUUAUAGAUAUAUAUAUUUCUCUGUGGCCAUUUGUGAUACACCCUCCUCAUAUACUUGAAUAUUCUACUUCUUUAUUCACAGUAUCUGUGUCUCUUGCACCCUUUGGUGUUGCAAUUUUAG